AUGUGGGUGACUUUGGCCAUUAUUGUUAUUUUAGUGUGUUUGAUAUGGAGUCUAACUGGACGACCAAAGGGACUCCCGCCUGGUCCUACAUGUUACCCAAUCAUUGGGAAUGUCAGAAUCUUCAAACCUUCAAAAGCUAUCAAAGCUCACAGAAGACUAAGGAAAAUUUAUGGAGACAUUUAUACCAUAAUGAUCUUCCAUAAACCCAUCAUAUUUGUUCAUGGAUUCAAUAACAUACAACAUUUACUGGUUAAGCAUGGCGAUGUAUUCUCUGAGCGACCAAGAUCACUUGCUACGGAUAUUGCAAAAGGAAAUGGUGUGAUAUGGUCAUCAGGUCCGUUAUGGAAGGAAAUGAGAACUUUUUCACUGAUGACAUUGCGCAAGUUUGGAUUCGGGAGACGUUGCUUGGAAAGCCAAAUCAUGGAAGAAGUAGACUGUUUGAUGGAGAAAUUGGAAAAAUAUGAAAACGAGGCUUUUGAUAUUCAAAGUUUAUUAAAUGCAUCUGUGUCAAACGUUAUUUGUUCGCUUUUAUUUGGUAAAAGAUUUGAUUAUGGUGAUACAAGAUUCAAGCGUUUAAUUGACCUAUUGUCCAAGUCCUUCCGCAGUAUUUCUUCAUCGUCGCCAGUCUUUAUUUUUCCCUCUUUACGCCAUAUUAGAAUAUUUGACAUCGACUUAGUUAAAAAAAAUGUUAAUGCUAUGAGAGCAUUUGUCAAUGAAAUGAUAGAGGAGCACAGAAGAAAUUUUGACGAGGACCACAUCAAUGAUUUCAUCGAUGUUUACCUUCUGGAACAAAAACAAAGAGGAAAUGAAAUCAACACUAUAUUCACAGAUGAAAAUCUGAACAAGACUUUAAGGGACUUCUUUUCUGCAGGAACUGAAACUACUUCUACGACAUUGAGAUGGGCAUUUCUGUUUUUACUUCAUAAUCCAAAUUGGAAGAAAAGACUUCAAAAAGAAAUUAAUGACAUCAUAGGUCAGAGACAACCCAAGAUGGAACACAGGGAUCUAUUGCCAUUGGUAGAUGCAUUUUUACAGGAAACUCAACGUCUAUCAAAUAUUUCUCCCCUAAAUGCCCCACAUGCAGGAAAGGAAGACACGACGUACAAAGGAUUUCUCUUUCCAAAAGGUACAACAGUAUUUUUUCUUUUGGAUUCUGUAUUGAUGGAUCCAGAAAUAUUUCCUGAACCUGCAGUGUUUAAACCGGAGCGAUUUCUAGACGAAAGCGGGAGUUGUUCUGGAGAGCUAAAAGACAAGCUUGUCCCCUUUUCGUUAGGACCAAGGGUGUGUCUUGGAGAGGCACUCGCUAAAAUGGAGCUCUUCCUUUUUUUCACCCGAUUUCUACAGAAGUUUGAGAUAGAGCCAGAGAAUUCCGAAUGUUUGCCUUCUCUGGAAGGAAACCUUGGGAUAACUAACACGCCUCGCGAUUUUAGGAUGAGACUUGUUAAACGUUAACCUUCAGUAAUCUGUGAACUUUAUUGAUACCUCUGUGCCACACAUUGACUGAUAUAUCGGGUUGUUAUC